UGUCUAAAUUUAGAAUAAGGGGAUUUCCAUUAACGCUGGCCGACAGUUCAGAUAAUAAUGAAAGCUCUUCAUUGUAAACAAACAUUUUGAUAAUCUCGUUUUCAUCAUUUGAUAUAAAUGGGCCUAGUUUUGUGAUAAAGUAUCCCCGAUACUCUGGAUAUCAAUGUGAUACCUAGACUUAGUAUUUACUUAUUGGAAAUUUCCCGCUGACCUUAUUAUGUAGACGUUCACUGACUUCCAGGAAGAGGAACUACAAUUGACAGGGAAAACGACCAUCUCUGCUGAUUUCACCUUUGAUCCAGCUUAUGAUGGCUGUUGGAGGGCAUGACCCUACCUUCCAUGGAGAUUGGUGCGAUGAGACGAUGGAAUGCCUGACGUGUCGAGUAUGUCGGGAUACACUGAAAGAUCCAAGGAUCCUAGAGUGUGGCCAUACGUUUUGUUUGGUGUGCAUCCAAACCGUUUACUUGGGGUACCCCGAGGGACUUAACUCAGCCCUUUGUCCAUUAUGUAAAACACGGUUUUUCCCAAAAGGAAGAAAUGCGGGAAAUUUCCCGAAGAAUUAUGUGGCGAUGGACUGUUUGGCGACGUUGAAAAAAUAUGACAACGAAGAAAGAGUGGACCCCGAACAGGAACACUGUGAAAUGUGUGAAGAUGUGGACGUCGUUCAGGCCACAUUUUACUGUGUAGAAUGUUCCAGGUAUUUGUGUCGACAAUGUGAGAAAAAACACCGUAGACUUCACGCUGCGCAUGUCUCCAUGGACCUAAACGAUAUCAGAGAUACAAAAGUGCAUGAUUUACUUCGCAGUCACAAAGAGGACGAUGAUUGUCCAGAUCAUCCGGGUUCCAAAAUGACCCGGUUUUGCGUUCCUUGUAAAACACCCGUAUGUGAACAUUGUUAUCAAACGCCUAAACAUCGACAACAUCGCACGUCACCUCUCGGUGCAGCUGUAGAAAGUGUUCAACAUGACCUUUCACGUUUGAGAAUGGACGUUGAGCAACACAUCAAAGAACUAGAAAAGUGUCGUGCCUAUUGGACAAACAUGCACGGGAAACUGGAAGAUACUCACCAGUCAAUGCUAGAAAAGGCAAAUGCACGUGCGCAAGAAAUCCAUGAGAUGAUCAACAUAAAACAAAAACGUACUAUAAAUGAAAUUGAAUCCUAUUACACAGCAACGAAUACUGACAUUAGAGGUCAACUGGAUAAUCUGGAGGCUUACUUACGGAAUAACAGAGAUCUAUUAGACAAAACAAGGGCUGUUGAAACCGUUGGGUCUGCCUGUCAGAAGCUGAAAGAGUUAACGUCUUUAACGGAACAGCUGACACAAAACCGCAAACAGAAGAUAACUUGGCCAUCCACCUUCUAUAAGCACAGUAUACAGUUUUUGCCCUUUCGGUACAAGAAGCUGGCAGCCAGACCAGGUAUUGGUGUCGUUGUUGGCAAACAUGACUACUUCCUCCUACAUCACUAUUGGACAUUUAAGAAAAUAUCUUCUGAAGAUAUCAUCGCCUCUCGUGUAUGACGUCACAUGGCAACCGUUGUUCUACUCGACGAAUGACAAUGGCAGGCACUUCUAUUUUUCCAUCAGCUUACGGAUUCCCGUGCCAUGGACAAAAAAUCUCAACUAUGCAUUGAUUUUUUUAAUUUCCGGCACACCUAAAGCUUUGCAAAAUCAUUUAUGAAAAGCAAACUAUACCCUUUGGGAUUUAUGUGAAAAAGCGUAAACAAAGAUUAACCAACAACGAUGUUUCUGACUGUAAAAUCCAGUGCGGCUUUAUCAGAAUUCGAACCAUGGACCUCAAAUUGUAAUACUGAUUCUUAACCAACUGUGCUACCUGGUCAACUGAAUUCUCCCCGCAAACUCGAGCUUCAGUUAUAUCGAAAAUCAAAUUAUGAAGAGGUUUGUAUACGAAAACAACAGAGAAGUAGUUUCUCCUACAGUGGAAAUGUAGUAUUAAAAUACUUAUUUAGGACCACCUUUUUAUAAACAUCCACCGAAGCGAGCACGAGGGUAUAUUUCGAGAGAUACAUGUAUUAUUUACAAAGUUGUCUUAAUGAAGGAAGGACUCAUUUCUCGAUUACUUUAAUUUUAGCCGAAGAAAGUGAGUCACGUGACGUUUUUGAAACUGAAACGUCAUAAUUAUCAUAAUGGCGACCACAAAACAAUUUCCUGUGUACGUGAGAUUAUUUGGAUUUUACUUAGUUUAGAUGGCAGGUGCUGUGUAUGAAGCAAAAGACGCCUUCCCUUCCGGACCAUCUUGGGGUUGUUUCCGUUGCAAUGGUUUUCAUGUUUUUAUUUUUUACACUAGCUUAUCACUUUUGAGUUCCAAGUAAGAUUGGUUGAUAUUCCGGUAUUCCCCUGUCGCUUCCCCUGUACUAGUGAAGAGUUUCAAUAAAGGGAAGUAAGUCUUUUUAUGUUAAUGAACUAUUUACACUUUCCUUCUAUAUAACACCCGAAGACAUACAUAAACAUAUACAUCGAUGUCCGCUUUCGGUUUUACGGGAAGUUUGAACAAAAAAAGUUAUCAUAUCAAUAACAAAUUACGAAAACAAAGGAUUCGCAAUCUCUCGUGUUGCAACAAAUAAUCUCUUUUCGAUUAACUAUAUUCAAUGGCACAACCAAAAUUACACAAAAAUGUAUAUCAAGGAUUUUUUUUAACUUGUUGUAUAGAAGUGAAAUAGUGUAAUGUUCAAAAGUAAUUUUGGUGCAAUAUAUCGAUGGGCUGCAAUAAUACAUACCUCCAAUCCUUGUUAUUUAUUUCAUCCUAUAGUCAUAUCCAAAUAUACAGUGAUAUUUUGUAUUUCAUCAAAAGGCAAUGCUUUUACAUAUAUAAACAUCAUAACUCACAAUGAAGUCAUCCUGAGAUUUUACUUUAACUUUAUUAUUA